AUGAGUCGUGAGUGGAUCCACUCGGCGCGCGGCGUGGAGGUGACCCCCCCGCCCGGCGCACCUGAGGGGGAAGCUUCGGGCCCCGGGCCCGUGGCCCGGCCAGUGACCACCACCGAGCGGAAGCGUGUGCAAUCCGCGUGGAAGCGCAAGCUCAAAUCGGCCAGGAAGCACCGAGACCCGGCUGACUAUGCGACAGCGGCCGGCAUCUGGAACUUUUCACAUGGGUUCUAA